AUGGUUGAGAACAUAAACAACGCGGAUGUUCUGGAAUCAUUGCUCCAGAUGAUGGAUUUCGAAGGGAUCCAGAAGGCGGAAACGGUCUGCAAAUCAUGGCGAGAUCUCAUCCAAUCUCGUCGUAAUCGUUUCGCGUAUGAACUAUAGUAUUGUCUAUAUAUAUAUAAUGUCAAGUCAUCGCUCAAUCUCCGCCCUUUAUGCGUAGAUCUGACCAAUCAGAAAGCGAGUCAUCCACAGAGCGUUAUUAGGGGCGGAGUUUGCGGGUUGACAUUGAAAAUCAGAACAGGCUAUAGUCUGUUCAUAUUUUAAAUGUCAAGUCCUCGCUCAAGCUCUGCCCCUGAUGGGACGAUAAACCAAUCAGAGAGCGAGCCAUCCACAGAGCGUUUUCGAAUGACGUCAUUCUACUUGACAUUCAAAAUCUGAACGGACUAUAUAACUUUUCUGUGGAAAAAUUAUUAAUAAAUGAAAGGCUCCAUAGAAAUGUUCCUUUUUUGCUCCCUUUUGCGCCAUUUUCUCGGCCCUUUUGCACCAUUUUUGCUGCCUCUUUCUUUUUCUACCAUUUCUUGAGCCUUCAAAAUCCUAGAAAAGAUGGAAGGCUUGACAAAAAAGGCCCUUUUUGCUGCCUUUUUGCUCCCUUUUUGCAGCCUUUUUUGAACCUCGCUUUUUUAGCCACCAUUAAGACUUCGCUUAUUUUAUUCCAUGAUAAAAAUUUUCAAGUUGUAAAUAUAUCUUUCUUCUGAACCCGCACAAUAAAUGAAAGAGUACCAGCCUUUUCCUAAAAGUUAUAAAAUUUGUUUCAGACGAAAAAAAGUGGAACAAGUCUCCCUGCGGUUCACUUUCUGCUCCAGCAGUUGCUACGUUCUCGACCCAAGUCUAAUUGAUGUUUCUUUUCUUUUUCAAAUGAAGAAAAACGAAAAAUCUUCAGAACAAGAGAAAAGUCCCGAUCGACUUUCAUUUGGAAAAAUUCGUCGAUUGGCUUCAGCCCCAAGAGUUGACCAUUUCCAGUGUAAUGCAGGGAAAUCUCUAUCUCGAGUUCAAUUGCGUGCCUCAAAUAUGGUACAAGGACGUCACAAGUGUUCGUUUUUUAUUUAUUAACGUGAUUUUUGACGUGAGAUUACUGAAGAAAAGUUGGAGGAGAAAAUUGAAAAUUAAGUAGCUUGAAUAAUCUUUUUUCAGCUGAUUAUCGUAAGAAGUGUUUGUUUUUUAUCAAUUGAAGCGAUUUUUGACAGGAAACUUCAGCGAAAAGGCAGAGAAAACUAUGAAUAACGUGAUGAAAGAGAAUUAAAAAUAAAUUGCUUGACUAAUUCAUUCUUCAACUUAAUAAGGUAAAAAAGUGUCCGUUUUUUUUAAUUCAAGUGAUUUUUUACAUGAGAUUCCAGAGAAAAAAGAGAAAAAAGAAUUUGAAUAUUUUGCUUUUUUGUUGGCAUACACAGCUGAAUAACGUAAGUUGUGCUCGAUUUUUUUAUAAAUAUAAGUGAUUUUUUUGACGGAAUAUUUCAGGGAAAAAGGCGAACAGAAGUGAAAAAAACAUAAUGAAAAAAAUUGAAAACAAGUUAGCUUGAAUAAUUUUUUUAGCUGAACAAUUUGAAAAAGUGUUCGUUUUUUUAUUGAUUUGAGUGAUUUUUUUGACAUAAGAUUGCAGAAAAAAAUUGGAGGAGAAAAAUUGAAAAAUAAAUUCACUUGAAUAAUUCACUUUUUUUAAAAGCUGAAUAACGUAAAAAGUGUUCGUUUUUUAUCAAUUUAAGUAAUUUUUGACUGACAUUUGAGCAAAAAUAGAAAAAAAACGACAAUAACCAGAAAAAGAAACUUCAAAAUAAAUUAGCUCAAUUGAAUUUUUUUUUUUUGAUUUUUUCAGCUGAAAACCCUAAUGGCUUUUUCGUACUCUGGCUAAAAAUAUUCAAAUAUUAUUUUCACUCGGAUUUAUUCAAAAUUCAAAGUACAACUAAACAUUGAACAGAGCGAUAAUUUAAAGUCACAGUUUCAACAUGCCUAUCAUAAAAAAAAAUUAUUUUCCCUUUCAGCUCAACGUGAACUGCUGCGGAAAAGGUACCGGCAUGGAACUCAUGGAAUUUCUGCCCCAUUUCAGAAAUCUCAAAAAAGUUCGCGUGAUGGGCGAAUUUCGAUUAAAUAAACUCUCCGACGUGAUCCAUUGCAUGAAGAAGGUUGAGCAUGUCUCGUGAGUUUGGAAUUUUUGGAAAAUUUUAGACGAAUUCUCCGUUAAGUGUCAUGUGUAAUGUGUAUGCACUACGCCCUACAUUUACCCUACUAUAGUCUGUUCAGAUUUUGAAUGUCAAGUGGUCGCUCAAGCUCCGCCCCUAAUGGUGCGAUAAACCAAUCAGAGAGCGAGCCAUCCCCACAGUGUUUUUGAGUGACGUCAUUGCACUUGACAUUAAAAAUCUGAACGGACUGUACACUUCGCGCAGAAAUGUUUGCGUUCACUCAGGGGAAAAACGGCAUGCCAGUGCGCAUCUAAAAAAAGAAACGGCACGCCAGCGCGCAUGCAUCCGUUCAAAGUGCACGGCAAACUUGGAGAGACCAGACUCGUGCGCUGGCCUGUCGUUUUCUGUUAAAUUGAACGAGUCAGGUCUCUCCAAGUGGUCCGUGCUCUCUAAACUGCCUAUCCCAUGACGUCACGUGGGAACCAGGGAUGCACGAGACGGGGUUUUUUCAUCUCAAGACGAGAUCGAGACAAUUCGAAAUGGGAAAAAUCCAAAUUUUUGUUUCAAAAUAACACUUGAAAAUGCGCAAAAACUACUCGAAUUAAAUCAAUCAAAUCAUUUAUUUUGUUGUUUUAGUUUGAUGUAAUCGACUAGGCGGUGGACAAGAACUUUAAAAGCUUAUGUAUCUCGAAAAACCUCAAGACGAGAUCGUGUCUCGUGCAUCCCUGCUUUGGGGGCUUUGAGCUCCUAUUUCCAAAAAAAACUUCGCAGUUGUGUCGGUUGAGACUUUCAAGACCUUCAUUUGGUACUUCAAAGGUCAUUCUGACUUAUUUUUCAAAGAAUCCCCAACCGAAAAGUAAAAUGAACUUCCUUAAGACUUCCUUAAGCUAAAUCAAAAAAAUGCGAAGUUUUUCAAAAUGGUCAUGAGCAGCGGCUUCCAGCCGAGAAAAAUGACCUUUAUUGUCCCCAAAAAAGGCAAUUUUCAGACUGAUUCUGUCGGUCCCUGUCGCUAAAGUACCACAAUUCGACAUUCAUAAUCCUCAUGUUUGCUCUGCCAUCCUGAACAAUCGCGCGACGUUCGGACGUCAAGUCGCAGACAUCGUCCGGAUGGACUUCGAAGAAAGAUUCCGGAGAAAUAUCGUCCUGAGCCAAGAAGACGACAGCAUUGUGUCGAUUAUUACCGACUUCUCCACCGACUACGAACAAAGCUCUUUGGAUGAAGAAGCCCUGAACCAAAGACUCGCCGAGACCCAAAAACGCGCCGAUGAAGAGCAUGACCAACUCGUCGAACAAGUCGAUCAAGUGCUCGCGGUUGUACCCCCGAAUGAAGGCAUUGACGAUGUCGCCGACGACAUCGCGCCUCGACCCGAGGUCUAUUUCUGUUCAGUAUGGUUUCGUAAGAGCGCGCGCCACAGGCGAUAAAAUCAAGGCUUCUUGCUGCGAUAUCGUCAACGUCUCGCUUCCAUAUCGCUUUCUCUCUCUAAUAAGUUUAAGAUUUUUAAAAAAUCUCUUUGAUUUUUUUUGGCUUUUAUGAUGAAAUGAAUGAAUCAAUUUGAAAAACAUUUUUCUAGAGAGCGAUAUAGCGCGAGAAGUUUGCGAUGUCGCACGCGGUAUAGCGCUACUCUCGCUGCGAUGCAGUGCAUAAUAUGGGAUGUAGUCUGGCGCGAUGGGAAAGCGAUGUCGCGGGCGGUGACGAGAUUGCAAAAAUGUCGCUGAGUUUUCGUGCGGAUCUCGCAAUUUUUCGCGACAUCGCGUUUCUCCCGCACCCUUCAAAUGGCUGAAAUGAAAGUGAGGCCGCUACACUGGCGACGUCGCAGAAGUUCUGACCUUGCAUUUCCCUUGGCGCGAUAUCGCGAUUUCCUCGGCGCGAUAUCGCGUUUUUCAGUUACAUUUAGUGGAAGAGCCCUUCCUAAUGUUUUUUUUUCUUGAUUUUCAAAGGUUUUUGCUUUUUCAUAAACUUAAGACCUCUCCUUUUUUCAGCCGAGACCAGUAGCCACUCCCGAUUUCUUACCUGAUAUGACAACGGACGACAAAGACUUGAUCCUUCUGAUAGUGAUCGGUCAGAAGCUCGACCGACUCGAUCUUUCUUACGUCGAAAACAAUUACUCCACCAACCAAUUCAUCCGCUUUUUGAAGGUUUUUCUUAACUUUGACUUGAGAGAAAUCGGGAAAUUUCCGUUUUUGCUUGCUUCAAAAAAAAAUUACGAUGGGUUUUGUUCGCGUCAAUUUUUUGGGUAGACAUUUAAAAUGUUCUCUUUAAGUUAUUGAACUAUUCGAAGAGAAGACCUCCCGACUUGAAAGGCAUGAUUGGUUGAUUGAAGCGUUGCGUGUGCGACGCGGUUUACCGGCGGGAAACUCGAGGCCAAAUGCGAGCCAUCACUUUUCCUUCUUUUUUUCGACAAUUUUUUUAAUAAAUUAAAAAUUUUUUUAUGAGUUUGAAAAAGGUACAGUUGAACGAGUAUGUGUGUAAAAAAAUAUUUUCCCCAAAGUUUUUUUCCAUGAUUACAUUUGACCUCGAGCACCCCCCACGCUUCACCCUUGAUGCAGUUUUGAAUGGUCUAGUAUAGCGGAUUCACGGCUAGCAUGGGACGCUAAGGGGGCGUGGCCUGUCUGCGCUCUCUACGAGCCAGGCACUAUCUUGUGCAUUAUCGUGUCAGGACCCUUUUGCCGAUUUUUCAAGCCAGAAGUGAAUCAUCUAUACUUACCUUUUUUGCAGGAAGCGAGUUUCGCGCCGGAAUGCCACAUUUUCUGCAAGUUCUGGGUCUCCCACAAGUCCGAUUUCGAAGCCUGGCUUCAUAAUAACGGCGUGAUCCUGUUGGCUGAAGAUUCCAAGUUCAUUUUCAAGUUCCGAGGAACCACCUUUCACAUCACCUUCAAACAUGAACGUCGCAAUCAACGAUGA